AUGGCCGCCGAUGUGAGCCAAACGAAAACCCCUGACAUCGCUAUCAUCGGCGGCGGCAUAUCAGGAGUUACUUUGGCGAUAGGCCUAUACAAACGGGGAGUCAACUGUACCAUUUAUGAGGCUGCCUCAGAGCUGACUGGGGUCCGCGGGAGCAUACCAAUCAGCCGCAAUGCCAUGCGCGCCAUGGAGCAAAUCGACAGGUGUGUCCUCGGUGCUUUCAACCUUGUCUCAACCCGCAAUAGAUCCAGCUCAAAGAAAGGUGUUUGGGCCGACUUUGUGGAUGGCAUGUCGGCCCAACCAGCGACACAUCUCGAGCCACUGUUUUCCAUCAUCGGUGCGGAAAAUAUUGGUCAUAAUAUCGUUCCCUGCGCACGUUUUCUGGACGAAUUGGUCAGGCUUUUACCGAAGGACAUGGUCAGAUUCGACAAGGAGUUGAAGCAUGUAUUGGAUGACAGGAUUGGCUCAGGUAAAAUGCUCAUGAAGUUUGAAGACGGCUCCGUGGCAGAAGCAGACGCGAUCAUUGGCUGUGAUGGUGUCAAGUCUCGAACGAGAGCCUUGGUAGUGGGCGAGAAUCAUCCCGCUGCAACGGCAUCAUAUACCCACAAAUACGCCUAUCGCGGGGACGUUCCCAUGUCACAAGCGACGUUGGUCCUGGGCGAGGAGAGGGCAAUGAACUCAACAUGCUGGCUAGGGAAGAACCGACACUGUAUGACGUUUCCUGUGGACCAGGGCCAGAACAUGAGAUUCUUGGCUUUCGUGACAAACGAUCGCGAAGACUGGCCGAGCGACACCAAACAAUGCCUGUCUACUACCAAAGCCGAAGCCUUGGAUGACUUUCGUGCAUUUGGUCCAAACGUGAAGCACAUAAUCAAGCUAGCCACAGGAGAUUUCGAACGGUGGGCCAUCUUCGAUCUUGGCGACUACACACUGUCUUCAUAUUUCAAAGAUCGAAUAUGCCUCCUCGGCGAAGCAGCGCACGGCUCGAGCCCGCACCACGAAGCAGGGGCAGGUCUCUGCAUUGAAGAUGCCGCGGUGUUGGCCUGUCUCCUGUCAAACCCAGCAGUCAAAGGGGUCGAGAUGUUCGAGAAAGCAUUUGCUGUAUAUGACGCGCAUAGGCGCGAGCGGACACAGUGGCACGUUCAAAGCAGCCGGAGAGCGGGAAAUCUUGUCGAGUAUCUGACGAGAGACGUCGCAGGAGAUAUUGGUAAGAUGGCGAAGGAGCUGCGUGAGCGUUUGAGCCAUAUCUGGAUUUUCGACAUUGAGGAUUCCAUCCGGGAGGCGACCAAGGACCUGAAUCGGAGGCUGUCUGUGCCAGGCUUCCAGAAAUGUGACUCACAGGAAAUGCCUUGGUUCUUGAAUGAACAUAAUAAUCUUGAGAUGCAGUGA